UGUUUAUCAAAAAUUAAAGGUUAUUAUUCAAAUUAAUUUCUCUUGUUACACGAGUAAAUUCUGAUUGAUUACAAUAUGUAUAAAAGAAACACCACAGAUAAUUUUUUUUAAUCAAUUCACUUCCUCGUUAUAAAUAUAAAGCACAAAAAUUAAAGAAAAAACUUUUUUUUUUAAUUAACACCCUCUUAUUUUGAAAAAAUAUUAGUAACUAAAAGCCGGCCCACUUUGCCAAAAAAAAAACAUUCCGGAUUUUCAGUUUUCUUAAAACUUUCUUUUUUAUUGAUUACUGAUUCUCAAAUUUUAAACGAUUCCUUCUUUUUUAGCAAAUCUACUGUCAUCUCUUGACAGCUAACAACAAUCUGUACACAUGAGCAACGAUUCGGGUGACGUUAACGCACUAAAACAAGAGCUUAAUAGUCUUCGACACGUCAUAGAAGAAAAAAACGCAUUACUCUCAACAGUUCAAAAACAACUCAAUAAGAAUCAACCAAACGGCACAAACGGAAUUAUGACAAGCGAGUCUACUACAGGAAGAGUAAUUGAACAUUUGCAAGCUGAAAUUGAUUACUUAAAAAAAGAACUUGCAGAUUCAAAAACUUUAAUUCAUGUAUCUAAAGUUGCUCGUGAAAGAGCUGAGAGGCAAGUUUCAGAACAUUUAGCUUCCCAUCAAACUUUACGUCUUGAAAUCGAUUCUUUAAAAAGAAUGCUAGAGCGUAAAGAAAGACAAUCCAAAGAAUUAGACGAAAAUGCAAAAGAAAUUGAGAAAAAAAAUUCAGAUAUGAAAUUUGAACGUGAUAAUGCUUGUACAAAGCUUCGACAAUCUGAAUUAAAGGUGUCAGAUUUGGAAAGAAAAUUACAAGAAGCUUUAGCUUUAAAAGAAAAAUCAGAAAUUGAAUAUUCACUUUUAUCUAAAGAGGUACAAACCUUUAAAACUAGAUAUGCAAAAGAUGUUGAAACUGUUAAAAAAGAAUUUAAAGUCCUUCGACAAGAGAUGAGUUCUACCUCAAGAUCAUUAGAAGAUGUCGUUUUAAUGGCUGGUGUUAAAGUUGAAGAAUUAACUUCAGAACGUAAAGAUGAUUUAGGAAAUUUGGAAUCUAUUGCUUCUAAAUUAAAAGAAAAUCAAGAGAAAUGUGCUCAAAAAUUAUUGAGCGAAAUCGAAAUAAUGAAAAAAGAUAUAGAAAGUUCAAGUCAAAAAACGGAUGAAUAUCGAGAACAUGUUGUAAAAAUGAGAGGCGAAAUAUCAGGAAAAUUGAAUUGGUUAAAACGCGUUGAAAGAGUACAGCAAACAUAAAUUUUAAUAAUUUAAUAUUACAUCACAUUAAUAUAAAUUAACUUUUUUUGGUAGUACUGGCUACGAAAAAAAAAGUUUUAUUAUGAAUGAACUGGACAUUAUUCAUUAUUACUCAAUAAAUCCCUCACUUUUUAAUUUCUCUCAUUUCUAUAUUUCAUACUUUUAAUUGUUUUUAUAUGUUUGAUGGGAA